AUGGCCGAGGCCCGACCGAACGAAGCCGCGCUCCCGAACGAGACGCUCUACGUGCGGAACCUCGAUGACAAGAUCAAGGAACCGCGCAUGAAGGAGUCUCUCUACGGCCUCUUCUCGGCGCAUGGCAAGGUGCUCCAGGUGCUACUCAUGAAGGCCCACCGGCUACGCGGCCAGGCAUGGGUUACCUUCGAAGAUGUGAACGCGGCCAGCUUGGCCCUGCGCGCGCUCGAUGGCACCAUGCAUUUCGGCAAGGCCAUGAACGUGCAGUUCGCUCGCGAGAAGAACGACCUCAUUGCGCAGCGCGAGCCGAACGCCAAGCCGCGCGAGAAGCGAAAGCGGGAGGAAAAGAAGGAGAAGAAGGAGAAACCUGCACAGACGCACAAGGCACCCAAGGCGGGUGGCGGCUCGUCCAACUCGGGGCCGGCGUGCAACGACGAGGCGCUCGCGAUGCUCUUCAAGCAGUACCACGGCUUCAAGGAGGUGCGUAUGGUGCCGGGCAAGAAGGGGCUUGCGUUCGUCGAGUACACGGACGAUGCACAGGCUGCGAUUGCGCUGCAAGGUCUCAACGGCUUCAAGCUCACGCCCAACGAGCGCCUCAAGGUGAGCUUUGCCAAGAAGUAG